CACGUCCCCUGUCGCGCAAUUCAUCCUCUCCUCAAUCCUCUCUCCUUACUCCUUCUCCUUCCCAGAAGACUGACGAAAGCUCCCUUUUAGCGCCUUCUGGGUAAUCUUUGAACCUUACGAAAAGUUUUCCAUUUAUAUCAUGUCCCGUCACGCCCAUGAACGAUCACCUCUCGACACACACCCAACUUCCUCUAUCAGUACAUCCCAUUCUCCUCCACGUUCUCCCCAUUCAACUGCAUCACUCCCAUCGCCCCCUUCUUCGCCUAAUCAUCGUGAUCGAGAUCAGAAUUCAAUGCCAGGUUCCCCAAGUUCACUCGCGUCAGACUUUCCUCUCAGCUCCCUCAACUCUUCUCUCUUCCUCUCUGAAGAAUCUUCUCCUGUGUUAAACCCAGAUUUAUCCGAGGAUGCUUCAAGGACCCUAAUCAUGCCAUCGUUGAUGCUCCCUUCGCCUUCGAGACAUGAUGCCGUUGCUGGGGAAACAAUUGGAAAUGUGAAACUCUGGAUCAUGGGCCGACGUUCUCAUGCGUGUCGGUCCGCGGCGGAAGGUAUACUUGAAGGUCCCUCUUUGGUUGUGGACGUGGAUCCUUGGAAGAACACCCCGGAUAACUAUCCAAUCUUGAGAGCGUCGACGAUUCUAUCCUCACCGGAGGUUCGGAGCCGGAGGAACAUUGAAAUUCUGCUUGUUGAAAUUGACGAACGCGAUUCUCAUACCGACUUAACCACCAUACUCGACGUGAUUCAUAGACCAUUCUCGGCAGUGGACCGACUUCUCAACACCUCCGAACCUUCCAGCACUUCCUUCAUACCACUCCUAACAUCCAACUCGACCUUGUUGUACACAGCACUCAUCUUUCUAUGGCCAUCCACACCUAAUGAAAUUGAUGUCUCUCUGGUCAGAGACCUUGCACCUCACAUUCCAAUCAUUCCAAUUCACGCAUCAACCCCUAUCCCUCAUUUAUCUCAUCGCCGCAAUGUUGCGCCACACCCAGCAUCAGCCAUAACUAAUAGCCCAUUUUCCUCUUUGGCUAUCUCCACUAUCCGUCCGUCCUCCCUAUCACAACUCCGUGAUCUACUAUUUCAUUCACCUUCCGUCCUUACACAUCUUCGGACCGAAGCAGCUGAAAGAUUCCUGAGAUGGCGUGAUCUUAAUGCCGCGUUGCGUCAACUUUCUUCAUCCACGUCAUCACUGGCCGCUUCGAUCUCCCGGCAUAGUGCAAUUCAUCGUCGUCCUCGUUCAUCUACUACUCGAGCCGCCUUGCCUCCGUCUUUUUCUUCGACGACGAUGAUGAACGAUCACGAGGAUCAACAGCACCCGGAUUCGGAUGAGCAUCUCUUGCCGAACCCUUGGAUGUGGAAUUGGGAAUCUAGGUUCUCUCGCGAUGUUCGCGAUGCAGCGAAUACUCUUAGAACGGACGACCCUGCUGGGACAUAUGAAGAGGAUGGUGAAGCAGGGAUGACACUUGAAAAGGCGUCGUCUUCACGGACGGUGGGUAGUUCGUCAUUACGACGGAGUAACUCUCAACGUCUUGGCAAUGGGGUACCCGGUGGGAGAUCGCUUUAUCUUCCGCCGCAUGGACAUAGUGAUCCAUUGCAUUUGCGGUCAAUUGCUGUUUCUGUCAUGUCCGUUGUGCCCAUGCUUGGAUUACGUCUGUUUGGGUUUAGGAGGAGCCGUAGUAACGGUCAUAGACGUUCCACUGCGACUGCACCUGCACCAGAAUCGGGCCCGUCUUCGUCUGGGGGGAGAGGACCAACGAAACACUUUCCAUGGGGGUUGUUUGGACUUGGUGUCAGCGUUGGAGUAGCAAUAUCAUUAUGUGUCGUUGGACUUGGUUUGAAUUUUUAUAAGCGUUAAACUCUAUCUUGUCGCCAGUGUGAAAGGAGUGUUCCGGUGAUGGACUUGUCGCUUGCCUCGCAUUUUCCUUCCAUCAUUGAUCAUCGAUUACUCAUCUGUGUAACUCGCAGUACCUGACCUUCUCACCUUGCAUCAAAAAGGACCCAUGCUACUACGUUUUCCGUCUUCGACGUACAUACCACGCCAUUGCACGGUACCCAGUCGUCGCACAUCUCUUCUGAUUAGCCUAGCUCAUGUACAAUAUUCUCACCAGCCUCAUUUCUUAGACUUUGCGAUUCCACAACUCGAGCUGCGGGUGAUGCUUAUAGUCCUUUUGAUGAUAUGCCUUCAGCUGGUUCAGCUGGAUCUAUGUAGUUUUACGUGGAACAAGUAAAAUAUUCUGAAGAUC